AUGAGGUUUUUCCUCCAGUAUGUGGGCUGUUUUUUUGCUUUUUUCUCUACUGGGUUUUUGAUAGCAUCUACCUGGACAGACUGCUGGAUGGUGAACGCUGAUGAUUCCUUGGAGGUGAGUACAAAGUGCCGUGGCCUAUGGUGGGAAUGUGUCACAAACGUUUUUGAUGGGAUCCAAACUUGUGAUGAGUACGACUCCAUCUUUGCUGAACACCCUGUGAAGCUGGUGCUGACCCGAGCCAUGAUGAUCACAGCAGAUAUCCUGUCAGGAUUUGGAUUUCUCUUCCUUGUUCUGGGACUGGACUGUGUGAAAUUCCUUCCCGAUGAGCCGCUCAUCAAGCUGCGCAUCUGCCUGGUGUCUGGAGUUAUGUUGCUCAUUGCAGGUCUCCCAGGCAUUACCGGCUCGGUGUGGUAUGCUGUUGAUGUCUACGUGGAGCGCUCCUCUCUGGUCUUCCACAAUGUGUUUCUGGGCAUCCAGUACAAGUUUGGCUGGUCAUGCUGGCUCGGCAUGGCGGGGUCACUCGGCUGUUUCUUAUCUGGGGCCCUGCUCACCUGCUGCAUGUAUGUCUUCAGAGAGACCAGCUCUGGAAGACUCCACACUGCUUACUCCUUGAGGAAAUGCUAUUCCUCAGCUGGGACAAUUGUAACAAAUGUGCAUUUGCCAUCCUCACAAACAGCUACAGCCAAAAUGUAUGCAGUGGACACAAGAGUGUGAGGAGGAGAUAAGCACUCCAGAAAGAACUCUGCUGUUAUUUGUAGUGGAUUGCACAGAGAUCCAAGCUCCUGUGGUUGUGAUACAGAUGCAAAGCUAAAUUUCAAGGAUUUACUGUAUGCUACAGUGUUUGCAUUUUGAAAACUUCAAAAAAACCUUCCUUCAAGAAAGUAAUCUCUUGGAAGAUCUUGCUUUAGGGAAUUCUGUUGUCUUGAGUGCUGAGGCCACUUUCAUAAGCACAGACUGAAAUAACCAACACAAACUCUUUCAGCAUUUGGCUCAACACUAUUGGUACAAGUGGGAUAAAUCAGCCGCUCCUGGAUCAGACCCCAGCGUUCUGCAUGAAGAUCCCCAAACUGUAAGAUGAAUUUAUUUCGUGUCUGACAAUGUGUCAACAGAAUGUACAAAGCAGAAAAUACAGGCAAGGAACGGGACUGAUCAUCUGACCAACAUCUAGACUCUGUGCACCCAGCAUGGAGGUCUGUUCCUCUUAAGGGCAGCUGGAGAGUUCAGCAGAAGAUAAAGAACUGUGUUAAAUGCCUGGCCCUCUCUUUGGCCCAUGAACAUCUGCACUGAGGAAACACUGCAAACUCAGGUGCAUUCUUCCCUGCAAAAUACUGUCCAUCCCCAUACUUACAGAUGCUCUGGACUCACUGAGAUCUGCAAAUUACCAGCUUCUUUCUGCUUAGCAAAAUUUUUGCCUGCACAAAGAAAAAGUGAGUGAAGAUUGAAGAUCUGACCUUGUGCAUGACAAUAUGUCUAUACCAGCUAGAAACUAGGAUAAACAGUAGUAAAAUCUAUUGUCCCUUUCUAUCAAAAGAUACUUAAAACCAGUUCAGGAUUGCUGUCCCCUGCUGCAAUCCAGGCUGCCAUAGGCUGGAUGAGGCUAGAGCAUCAGCCAUAUCCUCAUGAAGGUGGGUGAAAAAAACCAGUAUGUUCCCUAAGGAUGGAUGCAAAAGUUCUUGCAUGCCUUUAAGCUGAGGCAGUUUUCUUAGGGUUGGUAGGAACUGUCCAAAUGCAGUCCUUUCUACCACGGGCACCACAUCGUAUGGUCAUGACCACCAGGGGUUGAGAAAUGGCUCUCAGCACACAGAUAUACCUGCUCAGGGGCAGUGGAGAAACGGCAGUGCAGUCUCUCAGGAGGCUGUGCCCAACCAUAGGUACUGAGGCCCCACCAAGUUAGGCGUCCUCCACUGACUGCUUGGUGGGGAGACUGGAUGGAGAAAACUCAUUUCUCUCCCCAGGCAAUAUGAAGUGAAACUUUAUAUUAUGAGAGCCAGAGGCACAUGGGAUGGCUAUGGAUGGAGCAGGUUGUGUCCCAGACAGCACCUCUGAUAACCCCUAUGAUGGAAGAUGAGGGGCCAAGACCUCUCACAGAUUGUCCUCAAAGCAGCAUCUUGUGCUGCAGCACAGAACUGACCAGCAAUGUUAAAACAUCAUCCAAUCCUGACAGGGCUCCUAAUCAAAUAACAAUCAGGCCCUGGUACAGUCGGGACAACAGCAGGUCCAUAUGGCUUUGCUACAGGCUUAAGCACCUCUGCAAAGCUCAGACCGUAACGCAGCCAUCUGAGCAUGAGCCCUCGUGGCAGCGCUGCUGCCCAGGUGAGGGAGGCUUUGUGCCUGCAGAGUUCAUGCUGCUUGGGUUGGCAGGUGUUUACGUUAGCCAACUGAAAGCAACUUAUUGCCGACAGAUGAGCUAUAUUGAACAGAUGUAAACACAGUAGGAGAAGUGACGGAGGCUUUUUCACAAAGACCGGAGAGACAAGGAGUAUGAGGGUUAUGAGUGAUGUGAUGAAUUCACGGAUUAUACCAAGCGUGCAGAGGCCUGGAGGUGAUAGGAAUUUCUGCCUGUUAUUGCAGGAAGCGGCAUCCAGAGCUGUUUGUUUUUAAAACUUUGUCACAGUCAUGUCAGAAAUACAUAUUUUCUGUGGGGCUUUUGGGGCAGAAGAGCUGAUGCUGGUACACUGUGUCAGAGCAGGGAAGUUCUGGGGACUUUUUGGGCAGCUGUGCCCCUGCUCCUUCAGGGACACUUUGGGAAGGAGAGGGAGGGCAAACCCACUGCAGAGGCAGAGCUGUGCUCAGUGCCUGCUCCAAUGUCCAUGUCCCCGCUCCUCCCCAGUGAGGUGAAUGCUCCUCAACCUCCCCAAGCGAAGAGAGAUGCUGCAGUGCUGUGGGCUGCCCCAGUCUGACUGCCCCAGCCUGACUCGCCCAGUGCAGAGAUGCUCCUCGGGAGGAGGUACUGAGCAAAGACAUCAUCACUUGGAUCAAAAUCCUGAAUCUAUAUCCUUCCCAGACUGUGGAGCCUGCAUGUUAGUCCUCCCCACUAACACUCAGGGACACCUGCCAGCCUCUUGUUGCUGUUUCCUACAGCUUUUUCUGAGGAAUGAAGAUUAACUCUUGCUGCAAAAAUUUAUUUCUUGUUUAGCAGAGGAGAAAUAGCCUGGCAUCAUCUGCUAAUGCUGGUGUAAUUGCAGAUCUUAGACCAUUGAUUUCUCCUGUUCUUUUUCUCCAGCAUGGUGUAGUUGAGGAAACUUCUGGGCCUUUGUCCUAAAGGUCUUCAGGUUGUUUUGAGGUGACGGGAGUUGUUUUGUGACUUGCAACACAUGGGUCACACCAAGCAGUGGCUCAGUGACACUUUGGGACUGAACGUCUAAGCCCCGAUCAGGGGUGAACAUAAAAUGCUGGUGUCAUCAGUCCCUCCAGCCCUGUGCUCCGCCUGGGGGUAUACAAAUACGGCACACACAUACCCCAAAUACUACCGUCACUCAGGGUCCACCAUUCUCAAAUACAUUUACAAACAAAGAAUGUUGCAUAAACAUUUGUGAGCCUUCCUCUUCUUCAGUAUCUAUGUAGAACAAGGGUUAAUUCUUUAAUCAUACUCCUGUUCUAUCCACACUCUACAAUAGCUUUUGAGGAUCUAUCUCCUGCACAACAGGACUAGGAAAAGGUCACAACAACCCUUAGGUUUGCCAGGUUAAUGUUUUGUAACAACCAGUCCAGCGCUGCAUUGCUUCAUUAUUCAAAUCCUGCUGACAGUCUAUCUGAUGUUUUGAUCGGUUGUUAAUAUUUAAUUGUUAAUCCAUUGUUUGAUUUAAUUCUGACUCUGAUUUUAUGACUGAAGUAUUCAGUCCUCAUUAGCUCAUUACCAUGCCAUGAUGCAGAUCUAUUUUAGUUUGGUUGUUUACACAUUAGCAAGAAACCUCCGAGAAAGUAUACAGGAUUUAUUUUUUCUUUCAAAAUAACAAGCAGUCCCUAAGGCUAAAGACGUAGCAGGUGAGCUCAGAUAUGAAGGUAUUUCCUUAAUACCUACUUACAUCCCAUUCAGGCAGCUCACUAGGAAUUACAAUAGACUGGCUUUGCCUUCCUGAUGGCCAUCAAUGCAAGAUUUCUUCAGAUUUUCACUGACUUCCAAGGAGUAUUUUUAUGUUUGGGCAUCUCAGUCUUGUUGCUUGGUUUCCCAGGAUACAGGCAGUCAGGGACUCAGCUGCGAGCUGGGACUCCCCCAUACCCUGCCUGCUGCACCUGCCCUGUGGUGUCUGCUGGAACCUGGGGCUCCCUGUUGCCCUCUCCACCGACAGUGCACAGCUCGGUGCAGUCUGCCAGGGAUCCGGCUGGCUGCAGGUUAUGGAAAAUAGCAAAGUCUUGUAGGUAAGCUCUUUGCUAAGUUGAUUUCAUGCCUGACAGAUAGGUAUCGAUUUCCCAUUUUGAUGUAAGUGAGUGAGAGAGAUAAUAAAACAAUGACAUCUGCAGUGGCUGUCCUUUUCUGUAUGCAAUGGUUUGUCCUCUCACUACCUCAAUCAGCUUUGUUCAUAAGGGCUUUUAAUAACUCCGGCUGUAAUUAGGACUCACUGUGACCUUGUGAACUAGACUAUCUCCUGCUGCUGCUGCAUGAGUAUUUCCCAAACUAUGGAUUUCCCACCUUUUCACAGACAAUGUAAUGUAAUUUUGGUGUGAAUUCAGUAGAUCUGAACAAUUAUGUUCAGUAGAUAAGAAUGUUACUUCAGAUUUCUGUUCUCCUUGCCUAUUGUAAUGUUAGUGAGAUAUAAUAAAUGCAGUUGCUUUUGAGCGUUGUGUUUCUCUAACCAAGUUUUUGUUUAAAAAAACUUGUUAGCCCAAGUUUUACCUUGAAAAGUGCUUUGCCAGGUGACCUGCUUUGACUCCUGUGAAGGAAAUCACUGCUCUCCUGCAAGGACACACGGAAGGCAGCAGUAUCAAGGGGCCGAGCCCUUGGGAAAGUGGGCUGUUGAUUGCGGAGGCUGCCCAGACCUUUGCGGGUAGGUAGACAUCAGACCCCAGUGCAAACCUACAGCAACGGCUAUUCAGCCGCUGUAGACUUUAUCCCUUGCUUAGACACAUCUACUUACAGUCAUUUUAUAAACUUUCCAAGAGACAAAAGUAAAAUUCUACCAAGAAAGUGAGGUUUUCUCUCUCAGCUUGGGGCUGGACUCUCACAGUUUGCUCUUCUGCAUCCGUUAAAUAUUGUGAGCAAGCGAUUACUGACCAAAGUAGUCUGGCCAAGUACUGCUACAGAGAGUGGAAAACGAUUUUCACCCACUAUCCUUUGUGUCCCUGCUGUAAGAUUUUGCAACCCUUUGAGAAAGGCCAGAGCCAGAACUGUGCCACCGAGUGACCGGAGAGAGCGCGCACCUCACCCCAGCCCUAUCCUCUUCCUCCCUGCACAAAAGCCUCUAGCCCAUAAUCCAGAGUCUUCAGAUGACAACAAAAAACAGAUUAAUGAUAAUUCCCCCAUCUUUCCUGUGCAACCCUCCCAGCAGUCCUGACCGAUCCCAUGUUAUGACUCAGCUCUCUUUGGUUUUGCCCUAUUUCACCUGAGAGCCAGUUUAUGGGUUUAUUAUUCAGCUUUUGAUGCGCGGAGGUGGAAGUUCAGCCAUGCACCUCACUGCAUUCCCUUCAUCUUUUGCUUCCAGAUAAACACCAAGCAAUUAGCUCCUCUGCACUGCUCCUGUUUCCCCUCGUCAAGGCUUACUGACAACAAGUUCCCGCACAAAUGCAUCUGUCUUCUGAUGUUUUCUGGGUUUUUCUAGAGCAGUUUGCAAUUUCUUCUCAAAGUCAGCAGGAAGUAUAAGUCAGAGGAUGA